CAUAAAUCAUCCCGGUGUAUCGCCUCCAGAUUACAUCCAACGUCAUAAUCAAAAGAAUGGUCUGGGCGAUGGGACUUUAUUGCCUCCAAAUGUGCAUUAUGAAGAUGUAAUUCGAAGUUUAGGGGAUAAGUUCUACAUUGGAAAAAUUCUCACUGAAGACGACCUCCCUAUUCAGUUAUCUCUUCGAGAAAUCAUGUUAUAUCUUGCCGAACUGUUUUUAGAAUAUACGGACGAAAGAAGGAUCCCCAAUCUUGUGAAGUUAACGAAAAUAUACGAAAGAUGUCGAUUUGGUCCUGAUCUAAUUCAAGAGCGAGAUUUAUUUGAAUUCAUGAUUGAAUUUGAUAAAUUUGGACAAAUGUGUCAAAAUGAUUAUCAAAAUAAAUUGCCCAAGAAUCAAUCAAGACGAGUUUCUAGAUUUAGUCGUCGUCUGAGUACUAACUUUGAUGAUACCGAAGGUGGGUACAUGUCGAAUUGGGAUUAUAGCAGUGGUAUCUUCUAUGAUAGUUCAUUUGAAUUACAUCCUGAAGACGAUGAUGAUGAAGAUGAGGAAGAAAUCGCACCACCAUUCCAACAUCGUGCUGUAGAAGCAAAAUAUUUUACAAAUUUGGAUAGCGCAAGUUCAAUAGCGGACGAGUCACAAGAGUCGCCAGCCGGAUCGAUUAGAAAAGUCAAGAGGAAGGAUAGUGCAAGCAGUACCAGAUCGGUCAUUCGAAACAAAUUGGCCCUUUCCAGUAGACAUACAUUGCUGAGCAUUAGACGAAACGCUGCCGCGGAAAUGCUGUCAUUAAAGCGAGAAACCAGUGGAUACAUCACCGACUCGGAAGCGGAUUUUGAUCAAGAGAGUUUUGUGGAUGAUAGACCUGAUGAGUCAAGUCCAUUGUCAGCCAUGGACUUUUAUGGAUUUAGAAAAAGACGAUCAACUUUUGUUGCCCCUGAUGAAAUUCAAGAUAGAGAUCUAAACAUUUCCAAUGAUGAAAUUAGAAACAUUGAGUUUAAAAAACGACAACGAUAAAUUUAUAGAAUGUAUAGAUAUAAUAUUAAUAACUAAUUCUGU